AUGACGACUGGGCGGUGUGGCGUCGGGCUGCCCGGCGUGCUGCCACUGGAACAGCGGUUAGGCUGCGGAAGGACGCGCCCCGCGGCAGCGAAGGCGCAAGGAGUUGUUCGCUCUUGUCGCCGGCAUGGAACUCCUAUGCUCAGGACAUGGCCACGAUUCGUUCAGCGCUCCAGGUUUCAGCCUUGUGCUCAAGAACGCCCUGAGCAAGAGACACCUGUAAAGUACAACACUGAAUUUGGAUAUUCAAGAAAGGAUGUGAUCAUUAUUUGCCUUGGAGUGGCGGUGGCUGGGUACGCUGUGUAUUACGGUUUCCAAGCUGCAGGAGUGGAUGCCUUAGUUGCAGGUCCUUGGACAUCAGCAGUUGUGGUAGCUGGCCUCCUGUUUGGUUGGGUCAGCACCUACUUCUUCAGGGUGGCCACAAAGGACAUGACAUAUGCCAAGCAGUUGCGGGACUACGAAGAGGGUGUGAUGCAAAAAAGAUUUGAGUCACUGACGGAUUCCGAAGUAGCAGAUCUAAUGCAGGAAAUCGAACAAGAGAAACAAAAGAAGGAAAGCCCAUAG